AUGGAUAACGAACUCAUGCGAGUAUGGCAGCUCAUCAGCGAGCUCAGCGAUCAACUUGCGGCUAACCAGAAGAUAACGAGCGAUCUAUUGUCUCAGGCCGGCAACUUGAAGAGUCAAGCAUCCGACACAGCGUCGGGUUUCACAUUGAGAAGGUUCAAUACGGAUAUUUCUAAAGAGGUCUUUGAGUCUGAGCUAGAGCGGAUGAACGCCCAGAUCAUAAUUGAAAACAGAACGCUACUGCAAGAAAACAAACAGUUGAGCCUUCUACUCAAAGAAUACGAAAAGACGAUGGAGAUUAUUAUGUCGAAAUUCCGGAAUCACGCACUUGCAGCCCAGCAGCACGAGCUCACCUUAACGAGACAUUAUGAAGCCCUGAUAAUUGCACGCGAGACCCAAUCCAUGACCUCCGACCUCACUUCAUCAGCUAACCUUGCGCGGUCAUUUCGUCGGCUGUCCCAUCACUUACGAAACCUACUUCGUUCCAUGGCUGGCGAACCUCCGGACUCGGACCCACUUGCCGAGGACCCGGACUAUGAAGGGGAUGUCGAUAUGGUCCAGAUAGAAGAAUUGGAGAGUCUGGUGGAUUCCCUAGACCAACGAGAGGGCGGCGCAGACUGGGCAAUCGAGCGAGAAUGCGAGAUUGAACGACUGCAACUGGAGAAUGAGCAGCUGCGCAAAAUGCUGGGGAUAGACGAAGAAAACAUGGCAGCGAACGGCGUGAGGGUAGACCAAGAACAAAUCGACAACAUGAGGCGACAUUCUACGCUUCUUUCGAAUUCCCGGCGUGUUGCGGCGCCUCCACCCGACAAUGGACCUCUGUGGGAGGCAACCGGUGGGAAUGGGGAGAUGAAUGGGGUGCAAAGGACGCCCAUGCAUGGGGCCAUGGAUAUGCCACCCGGUUCACGAAUGAGUAUGCCGGCGCGGCGACACGCAAUAUUUGGCGCUGGUAGAGGACGAGGAGUGUCUCUCGGAGUCGGACCUCCACCACCUGGCUCCUCGACUACUAAUCUCUGGAAUAACCAGCCAUCGUCUCCGUCUCCAUUAUUAGAUCGUUCUUGGCAACCUCAAGUCGGACCCACCCACGAUCUCAACCGAUAG